AUGAUUUCAGCAAGAGUACCGGGCAUUCUACCCAGCAAUACUGAAGUGAACCCAAGGGAGAAAGUGCAGGCUAUCACUUUGAGAAGUGGUAAGGAGCUACCAGAAGUAGAGAAGAAGGCAAGGGUUGAAAACAAGACAGAUGCAACCCUUGAAACCGAAAGGAAGGAGGAUGAGCAAUCUGAACCGAAGAAGGAGAGAAACCAACAACCACAAGUACCCUUUCUGAAUAAGCUGAAGCAACACAAAUUGGAAAAAGAAUUCGGUAAGUUUCUUGAAGUGUUUAAAAGCUUACAUAUUAAUAUCCCUUUUGCUGAUACUUUAGCCCAAAUGCCACACUAUGCAAAGUUCUUGAAGGAGAUAUUGGCAAAUAAAAAGAAAUUGGGAGAUGUGGCUACUGUUGCACUCAAUGAAGAAUGCUCGGCAAUCCUUCUUAACAAGCUGCCCCAUAAACUGAAGGAUCUAGGGAGUUUCACUAUCCCUUGCACUAUAGGCAGUUUGAAAAUAGAAAAGGCAUUAUGUGAUCUAGGAGCUAGCAUAAACUUGAUGCCAUAUUUGGUUUUUAAGAAACUAGGAUUGGAUGAACGCCAACCUACUAGAGUUACAUUGCAAUUAGUUGAUAGAUCCAUAAAGCAUCCUAGGGGAAUCAUAGAAGAUGUGCUUGUUAAAGUAGAUAAAUUCAUCUUUCCAGUUGAUUUCAUUGGAGACCUUUCCUAG